GGAAGGAGAAGAAGAAGACGUUUUAUCAACAACCUGUCGGUCACAUGGAUCAGAAUCUAUGAUCAGAAUGGAAGCAAACACCCUCCGUUAUUUAAUCCAUAGGUUACAGGCGCAAUAAGCCGUGUGAGUAUGGAUUUUUGUUAGCCUCGUAUUUCAUUCCCAGUGACUUCUGGUGGGACAUCUCUUGGAUCCGUGUGGGCUAAUUAGCUUACUCCUUCAGAGAGCCUUAAGGCUAAACUCAAACAACUUGAGUUGACACACUGCUGUGGACUCUGCCAGACUCUGGAUGGAGUCAGCACCCAAGUUUUUACUGACUUGUGUCAUCACAGCAAGGUGCCUCAGGGUUGGGGAUUCAUGCCAUCCUGAACACAAGCGAGAGAAGCAUGGUCAAAUAUUUCAGUAAUAGCAUAGACAUCAGGAGUACGUGGGACCAUGUUGUCUCUGCUUUUUGGCAGAGGUACCCAAACCCAUUCAGCACCCAUGUUCUCACAGAGGACGUUGUGUACCGGGAGGUGACUGCGGACCACAGGCUUCUCUCCAGACGCCUCCUGAUGAAGACCAAUCGACUGCCUCGCUGGGCGGAGCAUAUCUUCCCCUCCGGCAUGUCUCGCUCUGUGUACAUCGUUGAGGACUCCAUCGUGGACCCCGUGAACAGGAGCCUGACCACCUACACCUGGAACCUCAACCACACCACUCUCAUGUCGGUUGAAGAGCGUUGUGUUUUCCAAGACUCAGAGGAGCAGCCCGCCACCACCCUGCUGAAACGGGAAGCGUGGAUAUCGUCAGGUGUUUAUGGAUUCUCCAGACCUAUUCAGGAGUUUGGAUUGGCCCGUUUCAAGAGCAACCAGGUGAAGUCCAUGAAAGGGCUGGAAUAUGCGCUCUCCAACUUACAGGGAGAGGCGCCACAGCGGCCACUCAGGGACUCAGUGAAGGACGCUUCAGAGAAGGCCAAGGAGGCAGCCAAGAGCCUGGCCUCAGCUGCUUCAGCCCCGCAGAAACCUCAGCAGUACGUCUGACAAGGACUGUGCAUGUGUAAAGAACUGUGAAGGUGACAUGAACUCAACACAAUGCCUUUGUGAACAUCUCAAUCAUCUGAGGUCUGGGAUCACACUGAUGACUAUUUAUUCUAUUUUAAGCUGCCUGUUUUUAUUUUCAGAUGAUGUUUUCCUCCUCUAUACUCAAAUCUGCAUCUACUGUCUUAGAUUUCAUUAGUCUCAGGUCUUCAGUCUGAUUAUGAAUUAUGUUUUGCCUUCAUGGAAGAUUUCAGAUUUCCAGCAGCACUCUUAAAUGCUGGAAUUAUGAGAGGUGUGAGUGCAUAUGUGUGUCUUGCCAUAUGAAUUUAACUUAUAACUCUAUUUUCACUAAAUAUUCUUGAACAGCUCAGCACUUAGACUUUAAUCAGUAACUGUGAUGCAAAGUGAUUAUAUAAUUACGCUCUACAUGCUGACUUAGUGUAAAGGUCACAUCAGACCAAAUCAUUGAACUGUGACUGUUGUGCUGUGUUUCAAGUUAAGAAACAUUAUGCAAGAACUGGCAUUCUGGGUAUAUGCAGCUCCUACAGUUGUGUCACCAACAGGUAAAAGCCAGUCUGACUCCUGUCUGGCUUCAUGCAUGCACAUUCUCUUAGUCAAAGUCCUCUUUUUCAUUGAGAACAUUGAGAAAAGACCAGGAUUGAGAUUUUAAGAGACUUUGGAAAUAUGUAAAAUGGUUAUAGAAACAGAUUUUUCAUGGUUUGCAAAUCAUUUAAACCCUAUGUAAAAUAAUACAAAGACAACACAAAAUGUUGAAACUGAAAAGUUGUAUUGUUUUUAUGGGAAAAUAUAUCCCCAUUUUAAAUUUGAUGCCAGCAACACAUUUCAACAAAGUUGUAACAGGGACAUCAAAACAUUGAAGUUAUCAUGUACUGUCAAAGAAAUCUCCUGAAGGAACAUCUUCAAACUAAUAAAGCAACAGGGUAGGACUAGGAGGACAUUCCCAAAAGGCUGAGUCUCAGAAUUAAAAAUGGAAAGAAAUUCAGCACUUUGUGACAGACUGCAUGGGCAAUAGUUCAACAAUUGUAGACUAAUGUUCCUCAGUGUAAAAUAAAUUGGAGGUUUCAUCAUACACUGUACAUAAUAUCAUCCUUUAAACUGGAGAAAUCUCUUUACAUAAGGGACAAGGACAAAAACCAACACUGGGUGGUCUUGAGCCUAUGGCCCUAAGGCAGCACUGCAUUAAAAACAGACUUGUACAGACUCUGUAGUGGAAAUCACUGCAUGAGCUCAAAAUCACCUUUGUCUGUGAACACGGUUUCCACCAAAUCCACAAAUGCACAGAUUCUGUGCAGAAAAGCAGAUAUGAACAUGAUCCAGCCUGAGCCCAUUCAAGAUGGACUGAAGCUAACUGUCCUGUGGUCUGACAAAUCAAAAUGUAACAUUCUUUUUGGAAAUCAUGGACGCCACAUCUUCUGAAGGGUGUGACCCCCUGGCUUGUUUUUAGCAAAGUAAAAAAAAAAAAACAGUCUCUGUGAUGGUAUGGAGAUGCAUAAAUACCCAUGGCAUGGGUAGCUUACACAUCUAAGAAGGCACCUUUAAUGCAGAAGAAUAUACACAGGUUUUGCUUUAACAUUAUGCUGCAAUCCAGACAGUGCUUUAAGUGAAGAUCUUACAUUUUUCAGCAAGAAAAUGCCGAACCACAUUCUGCACGCAACAGCAUGGCCCCGUAGUAGAAGAGUCCAGAUAGGUGAAAACAUGGGGCACAUCAUGAAAUUAAAAAUUAUGAUUUAAAUGUAAUUGUAUUUAUUUAUUUGUUGGGGACCAUGUACAAUAUUGAACAUAAAUGUUUCCGUUUGAUGCGUUUUACAAGAGUUAGAUUAAAGCGUAUGUUUCAUGUAAAACGAUGUGAAAUAAUGAAACGUGCUGUUUGAACUAAUUCUUAUAAAAUAUAGGGUCUAAAAAAUGAUUUGCAAACCAUCCAAUUUUAUCUUUAUCAACAUUUUCUACAGCCUCCUCACUUUUUUGGAAUUGUGGUCGAACACUAAUGCGCACAAAAAUUGAAAAUGUAGCAAUAAUGCUACUGAUGACUAAAUGCUAGCAUGACCUGUGCUCGCAUGUUGAUAACACAACAAACCAAAGUGACUUAUAACCAAAACAAGUCAAAUAUACAAAACCUUUCUCUUCAGCGCUCUGCCUGUGACGAGCCCUGAACAGUGAUGAUGUAGCCGAGGUGCUGGAGUGACAAUAGUUUAGAUCACAUCACUUUAAUCUGCCUGCUGAUUUGAAGCUAAAGCUGUGAUAAAGAUGAUGUUAUUGUAAACAUUUCAGUGAUUGCAUUCCCUUUUUUAGAUAGAAGUGUCUGGCUUAUUUUGUGGAAAGACUUGAAUUAUAGUUUGAAAAUAACUCAUAUGAUGUAUUUUGAAGAAUUAUUUACUAUUAAGCAUUUGUAUGAAGAGGUUUAGGUAAUUUGUUUUAAACAGGUAGUAAUAGCAUGUUUAAAAUAUAUUUAUAUAUAUAUUAUAUACAUUGAACUUUGAAUGGUUGAACAUGUUUUGCAACUUAUCAAAAGCACUUUCAACUGGGCACUCAAGAUUGAGCCCAUUUUUGGUUGUUUUGUGUUCAAAAUCAGCUUCAAUAAAACGUAUCAAUUCA